CGGUUACAGUUCCUAUCCUAACACCCAUUUAUCGUCGUCUCCUUCGUUCCGACCUUUUGUCUUUUUCCUUAGACCUGCUAAUCCAUGGCUUCACUUAGUUGUUACUAGUCGUGUUUGUCUUCUGUGUGAUAGUAUCUGUAUUUGAUUUAAGAAAUGGCAACUUUGAACCCUUUUGAUCUGUUGGAUGACGAUGCUGAGGAUCCGAGCCAACUCGCCGUCUCCAUCGCUUCUGAUAAGUCCAAGAAGUCUGCACCUGUCUCAGGUUUGCCUGCUAAGUCAGCUCCUCCGUCUUCGAAGCAGCCUUCUCCUUCUCAAGCUGUGAGAGAGGCUAGGAGUGGUGGAUUUAGCCGUGGUCGUGGUGGUUACAACCGUGAUGGUCCCCGAGGUAACAAUGGAUAUUCAGGGGGAUACAGUAAGCCCUCUGACGAAGGAGACGUUUCAAAGCCUUCUUAUGAGAGACGUGGUGGUGGUGGUGGUGGAGGAUAUGGAGGUCCUCCGCGUGGUGGUAUACGUGGUGAAGGUGAACGUCCUCGAAGGGCAUUUGAGCGUCGUAGUGGAACUGGCAGAGGGGGUGACUUCAAACGCGAAGGAGCUGGUCGUGGAAACUGGGGAACACCAGGAGAAGAAGUUCUUGCUGUCGAGACUGAAGAAGUAGCUGGGGUUGAAACUGAGAAGGAUGUUGUGGAGAAGCCUGCUGAUGAUGAUGCUAACAAGGAGAAUACUGCUGAAGUGGAGGAGCAGAAAGAGCCUGAGGUUAAGGAAAUGACUCUGGAUGAGUAUGAGAAAAUACUUGAGGAGAAGAGAAAGGCACUUCAAUCUCAGAACACCUCUGAGAGGAAAGUUGAUACUAAAGUGUUUGAAUCAAUGCAACAACUCUCAAACAAGAAGAAGUCUAACGAUGAAAUCUUCAUCAAGCUGGGUUCAGACAAGGACAAACGCAAAGAUGACAAAGAAGAGAAGCCUAAGAAGGCUGUGAGCAUCAAUGAGUUUCUAAAACCAGCGGAUGGUGAGAACUACUACCGAGGAGGUCGUGGUGGCCGUGGACGUGGUGGUCGUGAGUCUCGUGACCGUGGAGCUCGUGCUUCCAGUGGCGGAUAUGGUGGUAACCGUAGUGAAGCUGCGCCUGCCAUUGCGGAUACUGCUCAGUUCCCAUCUCUUUGGGGCAAGUAA